GUACCCGCCACUGUUGAAGCCCAAAACUCCUUUUGUCUCGGUUCUUUUGAAUCUUUUCUCCUCCUCCGCACCUAAUCCCACGUUUCCUCUUCGUUUUCAUUUCACACUCGGUGGAUUCCUCGUCCAUUUUCGUAGUCGAGCCCUCCCCGAUCUCUCCCAAUUCGUAACCCUAGCCGUACCCCGGCGCCGCGCCUCCUCCGCAGCCGCAUCAGCCCUUCUUCCCCAUCUCCGGCGCCGGCGACGGGGAGCUUCAUCGCCUACCUCCGUGGGUUUUCUCUAUGGUCGCUUCUUCUUCCGUUGCGAGAUUCCGAAGCAGAUGCAGUGGUAUGCAGUGGAUCUGUCUCUCUUUUUGCUGGUUUUCUGCAAUAUUUUCAGCAACUCGAGAUUGUAACUUGAUGUAGCUGAUCACGCAUCCUGAUUUGCCAUCUGUAUCUUAUGCCGUGAUACCAUUCUGUGCUGUCCUUCAUAAUGGGAGAAUAAUAAAUGUGUCAUCUGUCUCACAUAUCAUCAUCCGUAGAAGUAAAAGGGAUAAAGAUAUGUUCUGAUAGGAAUUUCAGGAGAAGAUACAUGGGUUGCUAGGAAAUUUGACUUUGGUUUGGACAAGUACACAUCAUCUUUAUGACAUAAAUCAGUUGCACAUGGCGAAAAAGCGGUACAUUAUUGUUCUACUAACAUUCCUAUGCACAAAUGUAUGCUACAUCGAGCGAGUUGGCUUCUCAAUUGCUUACACAGCUGCUGCAGACGCCAUUGGUGUGAGUCAAGCAAGCAAGGGCCUAAUAUUAUCUACAUUCUACUAUGGAUAUGUUGCUUCUCAAAUUCCUGGUGGGUGGGCAGCUCAGAGAGUCGGGGGGAGACGUGUCCUUCUUUGGUCCUUUGCUUUAUGGUCUUCAAUUUGUGCUUUGGUACCACUAGACCCAAAUCAAGUAAUCACAUUGGUCCUUUCCCGCCUCUUUGUUGGUGUGGCUCAGGGUUUCAUAUUUCCUUCCAUCCAUACAGUUCUAGCGCAAUGGGUCCCACCACACGAGCGGUCCCGCUCUGUUUCCCUUACAACUUCGGGAAUGUAUCUUGGGGCGGCAUGUGGCAUGCUAAUGUUGCCAAGUGUAGUAAAGCAUAAUGGACCCCAGUCUGUUUUUUUGAUUGAAGCGGCGCUCGGUUUAAUUUGGUCCUUCGUGUGGUUCAAAUUCGCAAAUGACCCUCCUCGCCCUGAUCAACCGAAGGCAACAGUUUCUAAUUUUGGAGAGCAUUUAUUGCCUAUUUCAAGAUCAAAAGAGAAGAUCAAAGCACAAAAUGUUGUUAGUUCUAUACGUGGACCUAAGAUCCCAUGGAAACAGAUAAUCUUCAGUUUGCCAGUUUGGGCUAUUGUGGUUAACAAUUUCACCUUCCAUUAUGCAUUAUACGUGCUUAUGAACUGGUUGCCCACAUAUUUCGAGCUCGGACUCAAUCUUAGUCUCCAUGACAUGGGACCUUCAAAAAUGCUUCCUUACCUCAACAUGUUUAUAUUUUCAAAUAUAGGUGGGGUGGUUGCGGAUCACUUGAUUACUAGAAGGAUCUUAUCAGUUACCAAAACUCGCAAAUUGUUGAAUACUGUUGGGUUCAUCGUAUCUGCCCUUGCUUUAAUGGCCCUUCCUUUAUUUCGAACAUUUACAGGCACUGUGUUAUGUUCGUCGCUCUCUCUUGGUUUUUUGGCUUUAGGAAGGGCUGGGUUCGCUGUAAAUCACUUGGAUGUGGCCCCAAAAUAUGCAGGCAUUGUUAUGGGGGUUUCUAAUACAGCAGGUACAUUGGCUGGUAUUGUAGGUGUUGGGCUUACAGGAAACAUAUUGGAGGCAGCAAAGAGUGCUAAUAUGGAUCUCUCGAGUUCUGAGAGUUGGAAGACAGUAUUUUUUGUUCCAGGAUACCUCUGCAUUUUUAGUUCUUUCAUUUUUUUGAUAUUCUCGACAGGAGAGAAAAUUUUUGAGUAAUGACAUACUUUUUUAUUGAAAUUCUGAAGCAUUGCAUGGCUUAAUCGGCAUUUGUGCCGAUCUAUGAAGAGGCGUUAGACUGUUAUGUCAGAUAGUGCCAUUUAAUUUUGGGACACGGUGCAGUUUAGCAUGGAAUAGCACUCAGCAGAUUAUGAUGUUACAUGCAAAUUGGCAAUAGAGUUUUAUCAUAAUUAUUUUCUCAAUACACGUUCUUUUCACAUGUUAUUGAUGCCAUUUCAUCUUAUCCUCUUAUAAGUUAGUUUUGAUUCUUAUCAAGUGGUUGUGUGUAAGAGGAUUAUGACUCUAUUGUACCAGCAUAUGAAGUGGCCAUUUCGAUGGCCUUUGGUACGUUAUUCUUUCUGUGAAGAGGGGUUGGGAUAUCAUUUCGGAUAGUGCCAUUUAGUUUUGUAGUGAAGUGCUGCGGCUAAUUUAGCAUGGAGAAACACUCAGCUGUUGAGGAUGUCAACAAAGGUUGUGGAUGAGUUUAAUCAUAAUCAAGUCUUCUUCUCUGUACAUGUUCAGUUACUUGUUACUGAUGCCAUUCAAUAUUGUCCUCUAAUACUUUAGAUUUAUAUUGAGCAGGUGUAUGUAAUAGAAUCAUGGUUCUAUGGCGGCGACAUAAGAAGUGGUUGAGUUAUUUGUUACCAUGCUUUUUUCAAUUGAACUCAUGUCAGAAUUGUUUGAUAAUGUAGGUACUGAAAAUUUAAAUU